GCGGCUGCGGGGCGGGUGCCCUCGGGGCCCGGCGGCGGCUCUGCGGGGUGCGCUCUGCCGUCCUCUGCGCGCUGCCCGCGGUCGCCGGAGCCGCCGCCGCUGCGAUCCAUCGUGGCUGAGGGGAUGGCGGCGGGCGGAGGCGGGGAGAGGAGAGGAAAAGAAAGGAGAUCCGACCCCACGCGGCGGGCUCAAAAAUUUAAAUCGAGGAGGAAAAAAAAAAUAAUUAAAAAAUUAAACCAAAAAAAAAAAAAAAAACCACCACGAAAAGAAACACAAAGCCGCCGGGGAGGGCGAGGGAGCGGGGUGCAGGGGAAGCGAUCAGAACCCGAAUUCAAACUUCCCCCUCCGCCCCGCGGCGGGGCCCCGCGCCGCUCCCGCAACGCCACAUCCACGCCCGGCUCCCGGCGGGGGCUGGAGACAAAAGGCGGCGGCGGGGGCUCGGCGCGGGGCUGCGGGGCGGCCGGCCGCGGCUCCUUCCUUCCCCCCGGGGCGUGUGCGCGACAGCGGGCGGCGGCGGGCGCGCGUGUGCAUGUAGGUGGGUGCGUGGGUGCCCGCGCGUGGCCGGGGCGCGGGCGCGGAUGUGUGUGCGUGUGUGGCGCGGGCGGGUUUUUGUGUGUGUGUGUGUGUAUAUGUGUGUGCCUCUGUCUGUGUGUGUGUGUCUCUGUGUGUGUGUGUGUGUGUGUGUGUGUGUGUGUGGUGUCCCCGCGCGCGCCGCCACCGCGGGAGGAGGCGGUGAGAGGAGAGAGCGCUGCCCACUGCCUCUCUCGCCGGAGCCGCUCCGGGCGCAGCCGAUUGGCUCCGGCGGGGUCACGUGCCGCCCUUCCUGACGUCAAUGGCCGCGGAGCCGCCGAGGGCAGCGGCGGCGGCGGCGGCAGCGGCCGCGCGCGCCGCUUCCCGCGCAACCCGCGCGGCCGCCGCGCCCCUCCCCCGGUCUCCUCAGAGGGGCCGGGGAGGGCGGUGCGGCCCUUAGGGAACCGCCCAGGGAAGGGCGGAGGUGUGUGGGCACACCUGCGCGCCCGCGGGGGGCAGCCCUCCGCCUUGAGGAAAAGGCUGUUGGAAAAGCGAAGAAAAAAGGCUUUUGUUGUGUUUAAUCACGAUAGAUGUCCAGCUCCUUCGGCCCGCAGGAGCCCCGGGGCAGGCCCGAGGGUGGGGGAGGCUCUGCCUCAGGGCUGGGCGAUGGCCCAGCAAUCCAAAGGCCAAGGUAGUCUCAGCCUGUGGAUCUUGCUCCCAGUUUCCUGAUCUGAACCGCCACCCCACGACCACUAACGUGUAUAUUUCAUGUGAUACACACGCGUGUUACUAAACAUUGGGAUGCAUCGCGCUGGGCACAGCUGAGGUCAGGACUUCAGGAGAAAUGUACUGGGCUGCUUCAGUGCAAAAGUCAGAGGAAAUCUAAAUCUUAAACGUUGAAACUCAUUGCUAAUGGAAGGAAAGGCAAGGUGUGCAAUUCCAGCAGAGCCCUCACCUGCCCGGGAGAAAACUCCUAUCUGAAACUCACAUUCACAGUGGGAGUCGCACAGUUACGAACUGGAGAGGCGAGCUGUGACUGGAAGGGUUGGCAGCUUUUGCCAUCAAGCCUUUUGUGCUGGCGGCUGUCAGCGACAAUUCCUGACUGCGUGGUGCACAGUUCUGAGCGUGUCCAUCAUGACUGUUGCUAUAAAGCCAUUGUGUUGAAAUAGGCUUGCAUCUGACAGCAGAAUUGCUGGGUAAACGCUUUCAGCAGGGAAGGAUUUUGUAACCUAUCAAUACUAGCAAACUCGGGGAAUACUUUUGUUGAAUGUCAGCAUCAAAAUUAUCUAGAAAAGGCUAGGAAGGUGCCAGAGCACUUCUAAGUACCAGUCUCUAGAACAAUUCACAGAAUUGCAGGAUUUGGCUACAGCUAGCAGAAAGACUCUCAUUUAAUGAGGGGAAUGACACAACCAACAGGAAGACAAAAAAUCUCUUUUGUAGAGGUUCAGUCUGUCCAUAUCUUAAAGCCCCGGUUUCCUCCUGAACUUCAACCAACCAGUCAUUGUGUGCUAACCGUUACAAGCAGCUCCCACAAAGCUUUGUGUACCGUACGCUGUGAGGGCUGAAUGACACACACGUUUACACAAAUUAAAUCAGAUCUACCCAUACCUGUAAAUAUGUGUGGAUCUCCUAUUAAGAAGGAAAGAAAGAAAGAGAGAGAGAGAAAGAGAGAAAGAUUUAUUUCCAAACUACAUUUUGAAAGGACAGCUUUGUUUAGAUGUAAGCUUUUCACUGCAGGAACUGUGUGUUUCUAGGAGUUCCUACGAUGCCUGGUACAAGGGAGACCUGUUCUUGCCUGACCCACUGCACUGUUCUGGUACACACAAUAAUGGUGUCAAUGGUAGGACUAUUUGCACACACUCACCUACAGCAACACUUCCAUCAGUCAGAACUGUAACUGGUGUGACUAUUUUGGUGCAAGUUUGUGCAAACUAGCCACCUGCUCAAACCACUGCUUUAAAUCUACCAGAAUUGUCAUCCCUGACAGCUGCCUGCCAAUAGAAGGGCAGUAUGCAAAGAGUCUGGUGGUUUUAAGUGAAUUUCCUUGCAAAUCAUGGAAGAGGUUUUCAACUCGUGUUUUACGGAAGGAAACAAAAAAAAAAGCAGUGAUCUACAGCAGCCAACACAUGAGUUAGCUAGCAAAAUCCAGGCCCUCUCUUGAAAUCUGCAGCUUGAUGUUGAAAUUCACUGAGAUAUUGCAAAAGGACAGCACAUCAGGCAGCACCACUGCUAGCGAGUCAAGGACACAGCUCCAGUCCUCAGCGGCGCUACAUGUCUGCAGCUCACUGAAUCCACGCUUCUAGGCUGCAGGUGAUCUCUGAAGGAAAUUCAGCACAGAACAGUAAGAUCCAGGUAUGAAAUCUCACAUUGCCUGCCAGCAUGGGGCAACCAAAAGCCCUGACAAGGGAAAUCAAAACACGCUGCUUGCUGAAACGUGCUUCAGCUAUCCAGCCUGCAGCAAAUGUGACCCAAGGCUGAGCACAUUAAAACUAAAACCCCUUCUCAUAUUCUAUAUAAAUUAUUCCAAGCAGAAGCUGAAUGUCUUGCCUUCCCUGUGUGAACAAAAUAGACCUGGGAGUGUUGGUCAAUGCUCAGUUGAACAUGAGCCAGCAGUGUGCCCAGGUAGUCAAGAAGGCCAAUGGCAUCCUGGCUUAUAUAAGAAAUAGUGUAGCCCGCAGGACCAGGCAGGCGAUUAUCCACUUGUACUCAGCUCUGAUUAGGCCACACUUUGAAACCACGUUCAGUUUUGGGUCCCUCACUACACAAAAGACAGCGAGGCCCUGAAGCAUGUUCAAAGAGGGGUAGUGGAGCUGGUGAGGGGUCUGGAGCACAAGUUGUAUGAGGUGUGGCUGAGGGAGCCGGGAUUGUUCAUUCUGGAGAAGAAGAGGCUCGAGGGAGAUGUUGUAGCUCUCCAUGACUUCCUGAAAGGAGGUUGUGGCCAGGGGUAUCAGCCUCUCUACCGUGUAACUGGUGACAGGACAAGAGGGAAUGGCCCCAGGUCAUUAGGGGUCAUUAGGAAAAAUUUAUUCUCCAAAAGAGUGGUCAGGUGCUGGAACAGGCUGCCCAGGGAAGUGGUGGAGUCACCGUUCUUGAAGGCGUUCAAUAAGUGUUUGGAUGUGGUACUGAGGGACGUGGUUUAGUGGGGAAAUGGUGGUGGUAGGUGGACACUUGGACUGGAUGAUCUUGGAGAUCUUUUCCAACCCUGGUGAUUCUAUGAUUUUGGCUCCGUGCAGCCCAACAGACAUCUCGGCUAUACGUGUACCACAGUAUUGCAAAGUGAAGUUCGGGGGUCACUGUGUUUUUUUUUUUUUUUUUUUUUUAAUUUUCUUUCAGGAAUCUGAUUUUUAUGAGCAGAUACAUCAGUGUGUUAGAACAAAAACAACGUGACAUUCUGAAGGAAAAGAAGAUGGGUAACUUGUGAAUACUGCUCAGUGCCAAUAACACAGGCUGUAGAGCAGUGGGGGGCCUGGAAAACCCAUGAGAAAACACUGGAGAUGCCAAAAUGUACACAGGGAAAAAAGCUGUUGCCUAAAAGCACCUUGUAUGAGAGCAUACCCAUGCAGUGGCAUUGUAUGACAAGCUAAAUGAGGGGAGUCAGGAAGCGAUUGCAGCAGGGGCCAGAGCACUCUCCCCAAAGAGGAUUAGCUGGAUUUGUAGUAUGGUUUCAAAGGGAAAGCUAGAAAGAGGAAUAAGAACUCUUUACUCCACCUUUGCGUGAUUCCUGAUUUGUUUUACAGAUUAUUAUGAUAAUAACAGUUCAGGCAAAGUCUUUCUCCAGUCCAAUCAAAGAGGGAAGAAAACAAAUCUGCUUCUGUUGUUUCACUGAAAUUUUCUGUUGGAGGCUGUAAGGGCCUACUACAUCCAUACUUGCUAUAGAAAAACAAAAACCACAAUAAAACAAAUCAAGAACCCCACUGCUAUUGUAGGCUCAACAAGUCCCUGAGAGAUAUCAGUACAGAAAUGUGAGGUGGUUUUGCCAAAUAGAGAAGCAAGCACCAGGAAUUCCCAACUUGUAUUCGGUAUCCGUUUAGACUCUUACACAGCAGCUGUCCCUCUCAUAUUUUAAUCCUUGAUGCAUACUAGAGAUAAUGGAGCUUUCUUCCCUUAUUCACAGAGGUGCUGUGUGGAUUAUGGAAUUCGUUAGUCAAUGCUUGUAAAUUGCCACUGUUGACUCAGAGCAAAUUCCUGCUAUCAGACUCAGUUGUCAGCUCAUUUUCAUAACAAUGCUGUAUUGUUAAAAAUACUUUUAAGCCACUCUUCAGUGAAACUGGAGAAUACAAUACACUCAGGCAAACAUAUAAAACAUAAAAGGGAUGCUGUAUCAAUAAUGCUAGAAGUCCUGCAUUUGAAGUUUGAGUUAAUCAGUGUAGUGGCUCCUUAGGAAGGUACAGCAAGUCAUAAAACAGAAUUGUUUCCCAAAAGGAGCGAUGGACAUUUAAAACCUAUCUAGGUAAAGAUUAAAGAAACCACCCUGCAAGGAGCAGUUCUGUAUUUGUCCCUGAGGGAAGGAUGGGCUUGAUUAGGGCACCAUCAAUCACAAACGCAUAAAAUUAAGAUUGUAUUUACAAGCAUCUCCUACCCAAAUUUCUCAUCACCCACUUCUAAGCCUAGCAUCAAUUCUGGGAGACACCUCCACAGGUGAAGCCGUAAGAGGGAAAUCAGACUCCAGUGUGACAUCCCUGGCAUUCAGAUUUCUACUCCUCUCAAGUUUAGUCCAUCACUGUGUUCUUGCUUUCCCAGCUGAUGCCAAUAACAGUAUGGGGCUAACUGCGUGCCAUGCAGACUCUGGUAACAAAUAUACCUUUGAUUCCUCUCUGACACAAUGCACACUUUUGUGUGCAUGAUGCAUAAAUCAUUGCUUUUUUACUGCCCGUCACCAUCAGAUGUUCUGAUACAGGAGUAUGUAGGAUGAAGCUGGUGGUAUCAGUUGCUAGAAGGAGCCUGCCAUCUGCUGAUCUGAACAGUGCUCCAGUCUGACUUUUACCUGGUAAUAGUAGGAUGGAGCACUAUACAAAGAAGGUUAAAAAAAUGCCUGCGCUGAACCAGCAUUAACAGACUUGCUGUGGUGAGGAAUUUAUUUAAGUGGAAAGAGGAAGUCUAUAUUCUCAAGUCUAAGUCUGAAUGGGACAAACAGAAACAAAAAGGCAACUAAAAUAAACUGACAAGUAGAUAGGAAGGAAGUCAGCAGAAGAUACAGAGGAAGAGGUAAGAGCCUAAAAUUUCUUCUCUGCUUUGCUGCACCCAAUUAGACAGUGCAGAUAAGGUACCAGCUAUCAUUCUCCCACAUCACCCUUCUAAGUGACAGCAGCCCUAAGUGGUAAACUUCUCCCUCACGCAUUUCUUUCUACCUUCUUUUAGGGUCACCCAUGUAUCUGGCAUGGAAAAAGCCCUGAAAAAAAGAAAAGCUUCCAGCGAAAUUCAUCAGGCUGCUGCCUUCUUUCCUUUAAGAUGUCUCAUGAAAGCAGCAGUGCUUGAAGAAGGCUAACGAAGGCGACUGCAGGGGAGGAUGAAGACCUUCAAGCAAUCGUCCAAGCUUUUACAGGUGAGCAGAAGCCUCUGCCCUUGGGCAUUCCCUCUGGAACGGCCAUCAGGACCCACAGCCACCAGCACUCAUUGCCCGCACAGAGCCGAGAGGGACCGCUCCCACCUCUCACUUCAUUUCCUUCGCCUUUCCUCCUCCAUUUCUUUCCUGUGGGUUUUCCUCUUUGAUUAAAUUUCUGGUAUGUAGGUACGCUUAAUAAUAAAACAGAUAACUCACGGGAGAUGGAUGAUAUUUAUAAAACC